UUAUUUCACUCACAUUCGCGCACACCCUCUCUCUCUCUCUCUCUUUUCGCUGCCAAAGUCUCUAAAAAACAAAGAAGCAUUCGAAGCUUAAAGCACAAAAGACAGUAACGUUCUCUUUCUUGCCUCCUUCUUGAAUCUUGUACACAGCAAGAGGCAGGGAAGCCAAAAUUCAAAAUGACCACACACAAUCGUCGUUCGUCGUUUUCCUCCUCGACGACGUCGUCUUUGGCGAAGCGCCAUGCAUCCACCACCUCUUCCUCCUCCACCUCAUCCUCUUUAGCGGCUCCUACAAACGUGCCAAAGAAGCGUCCACCUCUCUCUAACCUCACCAACACCGUCGCUCACCGCAACUCGUCCUCUUCGGUCCCGUGCGCAGCUAAACUCGCGAAGACGAAGAAAGAGGUUGUUCCGCCCUUCUCAGGCAACAAAAGGCCCACGCUGGUGAAUGUCAAACCUACUAAUGCGGUUGUUUUUCCCAAGGCUAAUUCUCUCCCUCCGAGGAACGAAGCUCCUCCUCCUCCAGUUGUUGUCACUGUUACUGUUCCGCCUCCGGUGCUGGAUGUUUCACCUUGUAAAUCAGAUGCAAUGUCGGUUUCUAUGGAUGAGUCGAUGUCUUCUUGUGAUUCGUUCAAGAGCCCUGACAUUGAAUAUGUGGACAAUAGUGAUGUGGCGGCUGUUGAUUCAAUUGAGAGGAAAACUUUCAGCAAUCUCAACAUAUCUGAUUCUACCGAAUCAGGCAACAUUUGUAGUAGAGACAUACUUGUUGAGUUGGAAAAAGGGGACAAGUUUGUCAAUGUUGAUAACAAUUACGCUGAUCCUCAGCUCUGUGCAUCCUUUGCUUGUGAUAUCUACAAGCACCUUCGUGCAUCUGAGGCAAAGAAAAGGCCUUCCACAGACUUCAUGGAGAGAAUUCAGAAGGACAUAAACCCCAGUAUGCGUGCAAUAUUGAUUGACUGGCUUGUGGAGGUGGCUGAAGAGUAUAGACUAGUACCCGAUACAUUGUAUUUGACGGUAAACUACAUUGAUCGUUAUCUUUCAGGAAAUGUGAUGAACAGACAAAGGCUACAAUUACUUGGUGUUGCCUCCAUGAUGAUUGCCUCUAAAUAUGAGGAGAUUUGUGCACCUCAGGUGGAGGAAUUUUGUUACAUUACUGAUAACACGUACUUCAAAGAAGAGGUUUUGCAGAUGGAAUCUGCUGUCCUAAAUUUUCUCAAGUUCGAAAUGACAGCCCCAACGGUAAAAUGUUUCUUAAGAAGAUUUGUACGUGCUGCUCAAGGAGUCGACGAGGUCGCUUCGCUGCAACUUGAGUGCUUGACAAACUAUAUUGCGGAAUUGUCUCUUUUGGAAUACAGUAUGCUUUGUUAUGCUCCAUCACUUAUAGCCGCUUCUGCAAUUUUUCUGGCCAAAUUUAUACUUUUCCCUUCAACGAAACCAUGGAAUUCCACAUUGCAACAUUACACGCUCUACCAGGCUUCUGAUCUGUGUGUUUGCGUGAAGGAUCUCCACCGCCUAUGUGGUAACAGCUCUAACUCAAAUUUGCCAGCAAUAAGGGAGAAAUAUAGCCAGCACAAGUACAAAUACGUGGCCAAGAAGUACUGCCCUCCUUCAAUACCCCCAGAAUUUUUCCUGAGUUGAGCAGGGAUAUAGGCUUAGAUUGACAUAACUUCUGGUCUCCAGAAAAGAGGUUCUCUUACACUGUACAAUGUAGUUGCCAACCCUUCCAUCUUAAUUAGAAUUCUUGUAUCUGCUUUUAUUGAGGUGCACACUCUGUACCCUGAAAUUUACA